CGCUGGUGGGGAGAUGGUAGUGGAGAAAGCGGGCUCAGGCCCCUCAAAGCCCGUAGGUGACAGGUGUCCCCAGCAGCAGGAGCCCCUGGGGCACGCGAAGAAAAGCAAGCAGCAGGUCUCCGACGGAUUCACUGUUAAAGCCAUGAUGAAAAACACUGUGGUAGAGAUUGAAAAGCUGGACUAUCAUUACUAUCUGCCUUUGUUUUUUGAUGGGCUUUGUGAAAUGACAUUUCCAUAUGAGUUUUUUGCUCGUCAAGGAAUCCAUGACAUGCUGGAACAUGGUGGAAACAAGAUUCUUCCUGUCAUUCCUCAGCUCAUUAUCCCAAUAAAAAAUGCACUGAGCCUUCGUAACCGGCAGGUCAUCUGCAUCACGCUGAAAGUCCUCCAGCACCUGGUGGUGUCAGCUGACAUGGUGGGGGAGGCCUUGGUGCCCUAUUAUCGGCAAAUCCUCCCAGUCCUAAACAUCUUUAAGAAUAUGAACGUUAAUUCAGGCGAUGGGAUAGACUACAGCCAGCAGAAGCGUGAAAAUAUUGGAGAUCUGAUUCAAGAGACACUGGAAGCCUUUGAACGCUGCGGUGGAGAAACUGCUUAUAUAAAUAUUAAAUACAUGAUCCCUACUUAUCAGUCGUGCAUAUUAAACUGAGUUGUAUCAAAUGGAAUGAUUCCACUUGUGUUCUAAAAAAGCUGUAUCUGACUCUGUAUGGCAUCUUGUUAGUCAUGCUUUUUUUCUCUACAGCUGCUAAAAUAGUGGCUUCUGGGGCAUUAGAGUGUUAGCACUAUUGUGAACAAGGCUUUCCAAUACAUAAAUAGUGCCUGUUCCUUUGAUUACAAUGGUGUACUGUGCUUGUUUGUUCCCUGAAAGAAUCGCUCCUUUAUAACAGAGCUGACUAGAGCAGGAAUCGGAGUUAAAUCUUCACUUGUAUAGACAAUAAAACUAUAAUUUUCAUACGC